AGGACACUUCCACUGUCUCUCUCUCCCUCCCUUCCCCUGAGCAGAGUGCAGAGAGCAGUGACUCAGUCUUUGAGAGAGAGAGAGAGAGAGAGAGAGAGAGUGUGUGUGGGGAUUUGGCUAUGAGGAUGGUAUGGAGAUCAAUGAGAAGCAAACGGGUCUUGCUCUGCGUGCUGCUGCUUGCUGAUUUUGCCUUCGGAAGUGUUCAAGACGGUUUACUACCCAACGGCGACUUCGAGACCCCACCGACGGGCGGCUUCUCGUCAAGCUUGGCGUCAGCCGACGGUCCCGCCACCAUCCCCAGCUGGAAAUCGAACGGCACCGUCGAGCUAGUCGAGUCCGGGCAGAAACAGGGCGGCAUGAUCCUUAUCGUGCCGCAGGGCAGCCACGCGGUGCGGCUCGGAAACGACGCCGAGAUCAGCCAGGAGGUCGGCGGCGUCGAGAAGGGGUCGGUCUACUCGGUGACGUUCGCGGCGGCCCGCACGUGCGCGCAGCUGGAGUCGCUGAACGUGUCGGCGCCGCCGUGGGGGGCGUCGCAGACGAUAGACCUGCAGACGGUGUACAGCGUGCAGGGGUGGGACUCGUACGCCUGGGCGUUCCAGGCGGAGGGGGACGGGGCGAACUUGGUGUUCAGGAAUCCGGGCAUGGAGGAUGAUCCGACCUGUGGGCCCAUCAUUGAUGACGUGGCGAUUAAGAAGCUUUUCACCCCUGAUCAAUCCAAAGAUAAUGCAGUGGUUAACGGUGAUUUCGAAGAAGGUCCGUGGAUGUUCAGAAACGAAUCCCUAGGCGUCCUUCUACCCACCAACCUCGACGAAGAGACGUCCUCAUUACCCGGUUGGAUAGUGGAAUCAAACAGGGCUGUCCGUUACAUUGACUCGUACCAUUUUGCGGUCCCACAGGGCAAACGUGCCAUUGAACUCCUCUCGGGCAAGGAAGGAAUAAUCUCGCAGAUGGUCGAAACCAAGGCAAACAAGCCCUAUCGGUUGACCUUUUCUCUAGGACAGGCUGGAGACUCCUGCAAACAACCGCUUGCAGUAAUGGCAUUUGCCGGAGAUCAAGCCCAGAACAUCCAUUACACUCCUAAUUCCAAUUCGACGUUCCAAACAGCUGGUGUGAAUUUCACCGCCAAGGCUGAGAGGACACGCGUCGCCUUCUACAGCGUCUAUUACAAUACGAGGAGCGACGACAUGAGCUCUUUGUGUGGGCCGGUGGUGGAUGAUGUUAGAGUUGCUUUGUCAAGGGGUAAUAGGAAUGUUUUUGGAAGUUUUCGAUUAGUGGCGGGUUUGGGAUUAGUAUUGUUUGGUUUGGUUUUGGCUUAGCUAAAGGUUAAGGUUAAAAGACUUGUUGAAUUAAGUAAGCUGUGUUGUUGUUCUGUGUGGUUUGGCAUGGGAGUGUUGGUAAACCAUGCUCCCUGUCUAUGUUGGAUCUUUUGGUUUUUAAGUUCUGUUUGAGAUAUGAGCACCUGGUUGUUUCAAGCCGGAA